AUGUUCUCCUACCUUCAGAAGAAGUCGCCGGAAUACGAGCUUUCCGUCGAAAAUUACAUUGUUUGAAAUGAUUUUUGUUACAAAAAUCGAGUUUUCCAGGCACCCCGAGAUGAAGAAAUGUUCCGAGAAUAUUUGAACGAUUUGCACCGGCGGCUGUCGUUUCACAACGUCGUCAAGAGCAACGACAGCUCCGAAGAAGUCGAAUAUCAAAUGUGGGGGGUUUCAGAUUCUCUGUGUUUUUUGGGAUAUUGAAAAAAUCCCUUUUGAGAAGACGAAAAGCUCUAGAAAAAAUGAAAAGGAAGGGCUGAGAAGCUGAAAAAAUCAAAAAUCUCUAUAGGGGCCGAAAAAGUCGUCCCUAUAGGGGAAAAAUCAAGGUAGUCCCUAUAGGGGUUUAGGAUCUGACCCCUUAGCCCCCAGAGCUCAAGUGGACCCUAUAGGGGUCGCUCAAUUUUAUUCCGAAGCGCUUUUUUCCCAUGGAAAUGCUUCUUCUCUUAUAGUUCAUUCCAAUUAUCGACCAAUACGUACCCUAUAGGAACCACUUUUGCCAGCUUUAGUGGCCCCUAUAGGGCUUGGUAAAAUGGUCCCAAACCUCCAACAGCCCCUAUAGGGACCACUCUGGAGUACCUAAGUUCGUAUAAACUGUUUUCAUUAGAAUCUCGAGAAGAAUGACGUCAUGCGAUAAUGCUCUGUGGAUGGCUCGCUCUCUGAUUGGUUUAUCGCACCAUUAAGGGCGGAGCUUGAGCGACGUCUUGACAUUUAAAACCCGAACAGACUAUGAAACGCAGCGCGAACGCUUUUCAUGCUGAUUCACGGCCAGCUUGGGACGCUAAGGGGGCGUGGCCUGUCUGCGCUCUCCACUAACCAGACGCUGUCUCGUGCAUUAUCGUUUCAGGACCCGUUUUUCGAUGGCUCAAGCCAGCCGCGAAUCAGCUAUAAAUUGUAACUUGAAUUUUCAGAAAAGCCAACGUUGUGGUGGACCUCGAAGGCGGCUACCGAACGAAAAGUUUCCUGAGAGCUUUGGAAGAAAGUAUCCUCGUCAAACGGGAAUAUCACUACGUUUUCGCCAAUUUUGUUGGUUUCUUCAACAUAUUUCUGAAAAGUUUGAGGGAUUCAGGACGUGGAUGAAUCAGACUUGGCCGGCUUCCACUUCACAUUGAUCAAUAUCACCGCUUUUCAGUUGUUUGACAGGAAUAGCAAAAAGUUUUUGUAGGUUAAAAUAUGUAAGAUACUGCUAAAAAGAUACUUUAGAAAGACCAAAACGGAGUUUCAUGAUAUUUAUCGAGGCGGCGGUUUCAACAACGAUUUUGUGCCGGUACGUGAAAGAGUCAGUUGGAAAUUGAGUGGUGAAAAGGGAAAAGAUAUAUUUUCAGAAUGAUGAAUAAAUGUUAUAGGAGUCAUAAAUGAACCUGAAAAUAGCCCAUUGAUUAUUUUUGACAAGAAAUUCAAAAAUGUACGGUUUUUCCGGUUCGAUAGCAUUUUGUUUGUCGUGAAGCUUCUUAAUAAAGCUCAAAAAUCGAUUAUGAAGAUCAAAAGGCUCAAAUUCUGGAUCCCACGCGCCCCAUGGAUAAAAAAAGUCAAGAUUAAAAUUUUUUGAAUAUUUUUUCACGGCCUGUCUCUGCGUGGAACGGGCUAUUACGCAUGCCCAAAAAAACAUUUUUUUUUUUCAAACGCGUUUACAGUCACCGUUCCGGUAUAGCCCAUUUCCAGAUUUUCAUGGAUACCUAAUUCCUCUAAACUAGGGAACCCUUUCCUUCGAUUCGAGCGGCCUGUCUCUGUGCAUGCGCCUUUUAUUUAGCCUUAAAUUUCCGUUAUGUUAAAGGCGCAUACACAGAGACAGGCCGCGCGUAUCGGAAGAAAAGGCUUCUUUAGGUCGAAGGAAAAAAAAAAUCAUGAAACGCUGGCGCAGAAUGAGCUACACCAUAACGGUAGCUGCGAAUUAUACCAUUUUCAGCCGAGUAGCGCUUUCGCUCACGAUGCGUUACUGGUGGCUGGAGCUGCCCUGGAACGAGCCAUUCAACGGCAUGGCAAGAAAGUUUUUGAUAGGUUUAUAAUAAUAAUAAUAAUAAUAAUUUAUUCACAGAUCAGUGUGAACCCCAACGAGUUCACUUCCAUCUACAAUUUAAAUAAGGAAAAAAAAGUUGAAGUAAAAAGCAAAAAAUUGAGAUCAAUUAAGUCUUGGUGGAAUAGAGGUAAAAAAAUUCGUUGCGAGGUAAAACGACCAAUAAAUUUUUCAAAGAAUUAGGUGGAAGGGUGAACUGAUAUUUGGAUGUAAGUUUAUUCCAAAUAGGAAUCGUUUUGAAGAAAAAGUUGUUAGAAAACUGACCUUGAGAACGUAGCCGAAGUGGAUUUCGCCUUAAAUUGGAUCUGAGGGCAAAAUUUUCGAAUUGAGGAAGGUGAUCAUGACCAGAAACAAUUUUUUGGAGAGUGAGGAGAUCAGAAAUAACUCGUCUAAUGUAAAGGUUUGAAAGGCUUUCAGUGAUGGGGUUAUUGAUUGGGAGAUCAGGGAAACUACCUGGCCGAAAUUUGAUAAGUUAUACUCGUAUGCAAGACGGAGAAGCUUAUGAGAACAGUUAGAAUGAACCAUAGGCGAAUCGAGAAAGGGUAUCGCGAUACCCCCUGAGGUAUAUCGCAGGAUCUCAAGUCUCACAAUGGUACCUCGAGUAUACCUCUGAGGACUUUGAGCAAAUUGAGAUAGGCUUGCGGGAGACUCUGAAGUACCUCCGAAAUGGCUCAGAUCUAGCUAAAAGGUAUGCUGGAGGUCUCACCAUGGAAAUAUUAUGGGGUCUUCACGUUCCAUUUUAAUAGGUACCUUUGUGGACACAUUAUGGUCCCUUCUCGAUUCGCCUGUGAACUCUGAUCCAUUGAGGAAGCUAGAAGAUCCGUCGUUUGGUUUUCAUGUCAUUUAAAGUUCGAAAUGUCUUUUUCAUCACAAUUUUCGCUUCUAAAUGUCCAGAGCCGAAAAAAAAAACAAAGGGGUCACAAAGCUAAGUGUGAAAAAGCCUGGAUCCUAGGUCAAAAAAACUUUUUUUUUCGGAAUAUUAAACGCCUCUUCUCAGUGCCUGUGUGAGAGAACUUCAAAAAACUCUGAAAAGAAGAUUGUUUUUCUAGAAAAAUAAAUUUCCAGAAGCUUCACCCGCCAUCAACUCUACAACCGAGGCAAGAAGGGCCUCUACUGUCGGCCGCACGAAGACAUGAGCCAACACCGAGAGUUCGAGACUUUUGAACACGGCGAAGUUUUGGCCGAAGCCAUCCGUGGCGUCUCCAUAAAUGAAGACCAUGGAACUCUCACCGGGAAUAUUCAAUUCGAUCCGAAGACUGGAUAUCGGACCAAUUUUUCGGCAAUGGUUAUCGAGAUCAAGCCGGGCUUGAGCUCCCUGAAUAGCAUCUGGGAGGUGAAUACUGUAGAGUUUUACAGCUAGGAUACUGUAGUUAAAAAAAUCAUUUUAUUCUUCGUUUUUUGCUUUUCUUUACGCAUACGGCUUGUGCGUCGGCCCGGGCUUUCUAGGAACUCCAGAGUGGCCCCUGUAGGGGCCGAAAAAAUGGUCCUGCUAGGGGUAAGAACAAGGUAGUCCCUACAGGGGUUUAGAACCACUUGGCCUCUAAAGCUUAAGUGGACCCUAUAGGGGUCUUUCAACUUCAUUUAAAAACGCUUAUUUAUUGAGUUUUCCGCAUUGAAAUGCUUCUUCGCAUAGAGUACCUAAACAAUUUCGACUGGCAUGUCCCCUAUAGGGGCCACUUUUGCAAGCUUUAGGGGCCCCUAUGGGGUUAGUAAAGUGGCUCCUACAGGAGUCCCUCCAAGGUUGCCCCUAUAGGGACCACUCGGGAGUUCCUAAGUUGGCAGCAUUUUUGAGGAAAAGCGCGAUCUUGGGCAAGGCCAGGCUUCGAGAAAAGUUUAAAUUUCACCGAAAAUAUAUUUUUUCUUGUUAAAUCGUAGUUUUUUUUGAACUCUGAUUGAAUAAAAUGAAACGGAAACAUGACUUUUGUCGUAAAAAAGCUUGAUAUUAGACUUGAAGAAAGCUUGAGCUGUUCGGGCUGACCCGUCUUUUUUACUUGAGGCCUCCCUAAGGCUGACCCGGGCUAAGAAAAUCACCGGAGGGUCUAACGGGCCGGCCUUCGUACAACCCUGAUAUAGUCUGCGUGCCACGACUUGAAAUUUCACCGAACGACAUUCCGCUGUUCCGCUGCGUGCGUUCGCGAAGCGUCUUUCAAAUCUAGGUCACGAUUUCAAUUGAUUGUUAUUGCUGUGGGAACACAUGAAAGUAGAGUACCUUAAUGAAAGAAAAAAUAAAUUAAAAGGGCGACCAAGAUUCCCGAAGGCGCGUAGCGGCACAGCGGAAUGUCGGCUUUUGUCGAACCUUGAAACUGAUUUUCAAUGUUCAGAGAUUUCAAUGGGCUCAAGGAGAAGGCUUCCUACUUGGGGAGAAUCGUGUCUACUACGAAAAGAAGAAAAAUACGACGUCAGCCAGAAAAGGAAUCCUCCCGUCAAAACCGUGGAAAUUGAGAUUCAACAUCGUCACCGUCUUGGUUCAUAACUUAUUUGAUUUAUUUUGAGCUUAAUGAGCUUAAUUUUGAGCUUAAAAAUGAAGUUUGAAGUGGAGAAAAAGUUAUUCUUUGAGAUUUUGACUGGAUUUCAAACUUCCUUUUUGAAAUGGCUCAAUAGUUUUUUUUUUUUGGACCCCGAUAGACCCAAAAUUUUCUUAGGCUUUCCAGAGUUGUCCCUAUAGGAGUCAGGGAGUUAAACAGCCCCUUUAGAAGCCGAAAAAGUGGUCCCUAUAGCGGUUUAGGGUCUGACCCCUUAGGCCCUAGUGCUCUAGUGGACCCUAUAGGGGUAUUUCAAUUUCAUUCAAAAAACGCUUUUUAUUUAGUUUUCCCCAUGGAAAAGCUUCUUUUCUUGGAGUUCAUAACAAUUAUCGACUUGAAUAUCCCUAUAGGGACCACUCUUGCAAGCUUAAGUGGCUUCUGUAGGGGUUGGUAAAGUGGUCCCUAGAGGGAAAUCUCGAAGGGCCCUAAGGUUGCCCCUAUAGGCACCAUUCUGAAAGUUGAAAGGAUUUUCAGGGGAAUUAAAUUUUUUUACAGAUUUUUAGUUUGAAACUUUUUAUUUAUCAGAUAAAUUUUUUUUUAUUGCGAAAAAAUGAAAUUUUUUCUUGUUUUCAUCCCUUCACUCACCAUGCGCCUUUAGUUAAUUUUUGCUUAACUGAAGCAUUUUUAAGGUGAAGCCAUUCGUGAUGCUCAAGAGAACGAAUCCCGGCGAGCCGGAACGGCAAGGAAACGAUCGAUUCGAGGGAUACUGUAUCGAUUUGUUGAAUCUGUUGGCCCAGAACAUUAGUGGAUUCGAAUAUGAUCUGUUCGUGUCGGAUGGGAACAAGUACGGGGCCCGACAGCCGGACGGAAGUUGGGACGGAAUGAUCGGAUAUUUACUGAAUGAGACGGCCGACGUCGCCGUGGCGCCUCUGACGAUCACCCAGGAACGGGAAAGGGCCGUGGAUUUCUCCAAGCCUUUCAUGACCACAGGUGAAUCAAGUUCUGCCCUUUUUGAAAUGAAACUCGAUUUUUAUGAGGGUCCAAUAAAGUAGAAAAUCGUGGGGGGCUGAAAAUCGCUUUAAAAUCACAUCAUCGCCCUUUCUGUUUGAGGUCUAAGUGCUACUACUAGACCGGUUAAAAUUCUAGUAGCCACUUUAGGGGUCAGUGGAUCAACAUAACUGGUCCAAUCUGUUUGUUUUAUAAUUAUCAGAGUUACUGGAAGGAAUACUAGAUGAAAAACUACUGAAGUGGACACUAAAUAGAGAACCUCUAUAGUGGCCACUAAAAGCCUUUCAUGACCACAGGUGAAAUAGAUCAAGUUGUGCCCUUUUUGAAAUAAAAGUUGAUUUUUAUAAGGGUCCAAUAAAGUGAAAAAUCAGGGGGGCUGAAAAUCGCUUUAAAAUCACAUCAUCGCCCUUUCCGUUGUCGUGAGGUAUAUAGCACUGGGAAAAUUUUUAAUGGCCAACAUAGGGUUUUGGCGUUUUAGUGGCCACUAUAGUAGUCAAAUUAGUGGCCACUUAAGGGGUUCGAAGUAAGUGGUCACUAUAGAGGUCUAAGUGCUUCUACUAGACCAGAACAAAAAAACUUAGUGGCCACUUUAGGGGUCAAUGUAUCAACAUAACUGGUCCAAUCUGUUUGUUUUAAAAUUAUCAGAUACUGGAUGAAAAACUACUGAAGUGGCCACUAAAACGGAAAAUAUUGACCACUAUAGAGGUGAGUUUAGUGGCCACUUUAGUGUCCUAUCCAAGUAGUUCUUGAAGAAGCUCUACAGUGGCCACUCAAAAUUUUCCUCAUGACCCUAGGAGGCGUGGCUUGCCUGCGCUCUCCACCAGCAAGGCACUAUCUCUUCUUUUAUCGUGUCAGGACCCAUUUUUCAAGCUAGCCGUGAAUCAGCUUCAAGAUUUAGACCGGGAAAACAGUUUUCAAUGUAAAAAGAUAGGUUGAAGAUAUUUGCGAUUUUCCUGCAUAUGGCCUAUGAAUCAUAUAAAAAAGAAGAAGUUGAAAAAUUGUUCUGAAAAUUCAAAUUCCAGGGAUCUCCAUCAUGAUCAAGAAGCCGGAAAAGCAAGAAUUCAACAUUUUCUCGUUCAUGGAGCCUCUCGGCAUGACCAUUUGGAUCUUCACCCUUUCUUCUUACUUUGGAGUUUUUUCAUAUUUCGAAACUAAUCAAGAGAAUAUUUGAAUUCAAGGUUUCACUGACGAUCUUCUUGGUGUCGUCGUUCUCGCCGUACGAGAAGAGGAUCGAGUUCCGGAGAGGCGAAUUUACCGUUUCAAACGAUUUCACAUUGUACAAUUCAUUAUGGUUUACCUUGGCGGCUUUCAUGCAACAGGGGACGGAUAUUUUGCCCAGGUAAAGUUUUAAGGCGUUUUUCCAGAUGUCUCUAAGCACUUCUAGUGUUCCCUUAAGAGUCGCUCAAGCUCCGCCCCUAAUGACUUGAAAAACCAACCAGAGAGUGAGCCAUCCACAGAGCGUUUUUGAAUGACGUCAUCGUACUUGUUAUUCAAAAAUUUGAACAGCCUAUACAGCUGAUUCACGGCUGGCUUGAGCCAUUGAAAAAUUGGUCCUGACACGAUAAUGCACGAGAUAGCGCCUGGCUGGUAGAGAGCGCAGACAGGCCACGCCCCUUAGCGUCCCAAGUUAGCAGGGAAUCGGCUAUAACGAACUGUCGAAAAAUUACCCACUUCAAAAAAUUUUUUCCAUUUCUACAAAUUUUUUCUAGCGAGCUACCAUUUUCUCUGAUUUACACGCUCUUUUUUCAAACUUUUAGUUUUGUGACGUCACACAAGCUCCGCCCCAAAUGGCGCGAUAAUCCAAUCAGAGAGCGAGCCAUCCACAGAUCCAUUUCAAAUGACGUCAAUGUACUUGAAAUUCAAAAUCUGAACAGAGUAUAACGAAAUAAAAAUCGAUACCUUUGUAAAUCUUAAAUAUUGGUUAAACUACUGAAAUUCAAUCUUCUUGAAGCGUUACAGUUUGAAUUUUCUAAUUUUUUCUUGAAGAAAUUGAAAUCAAUCUAGAUUUAUCAUUAGGCUAGUCUCUUUUUAAAAACUUUCAUCGCCUGAAAAAAUAUUUUUUUUGGGAUUUUUCAAGAUGAGUUUUUUUUUCAAGGAAUUUUUCUUCAUUUUUUUGUUUGAUCUAAAACUUAUCAGUUGCUUAGGAAAAAGUAUAUUUUUACCACCGAAAGCUUCAAAAUUUUUAAAAACGAGAAAAAAGUCCCCAAGUGUAAUAUAUUGUUUAAAUUCGAUAAAUGUCUAAAUUAUUAAGCUUCAUUCCUGAAAAUAAGAAUUUUUAUGAAAAACAAUUUUCAGAGCCGUUUCCGGAAGAAUCGCCUCUUCCUGCUGGUGGUUCUUCACAUUGAUCAUCGUCUCCUCAUAUACGGCUAAUUUGGCGGCUUUUUUGACUUUAGGCAAUCAUUUUCAUUGUAUAGUCUAUUCAGACCUUUAAUGUCAAGUCAUAGCCCAAGCUCCGCCCCUAACGGCUUGAUAAACCAAUCAGAAAGCGAGAAAUCCACAGAGCGUUUUCAAAUGACGUCAUUGUACUUGACUUAAACGGCUUAUACGAACAUAGGAACUCCAGAGUGGUCCCUAUAGAGGCAACCUUAAGGGCUCUUGGAGGGUCCCCUCUAGAUAAAACUUUAUCAACUCCUAUAGGGGCCACUAAAGCUUACAAAAGUGGUUCCUUUAGGGCUUUUAGGUGAAGGUCAGCUCCGCCCCUAACGGCUCGAUAAACCAAUCAGAAACCGAGACAUCCACAGAGAGUUUACUAAUGACGUCACUUGACAUUCAGAAUUCGAACAGACUAUAAUAAAGAUAAUUAUUUGUAGUUUACAGAAAGAAUGACGCCGCCAAUCGAAAAUGUCGACGAUUUGGCGAACCAGAACAAAAUUCUGUACGGCGUCGUGCAAGGCGGAUCAACUGCUGCCUUUUUUGAAGUUAAAAAUGAAAAAAUAAUUGAGAAAUAUUAACUUCUAGGAUUCAAUCGUCCCGCUCUACAAGAAAAUGUGGAAUUUCAUGGUGACAACCCAUCAGCGACAACUCGAAAAGCAGAGCCGCGACACUGUGGCUUCGAAUAAGUAA